AUGGCCCCGCAAAAGGCCCGCAAGGUCCCGUCAAAGGUCUCCGAGGCGACGCUCGCACGCUGGGUGGCGGAACUCGAUGAGUUCAAGUACGCUCGAUCUGUCAAGUUACACUGCCUCCGCGACCGCGACAACGCGACGGGCGCCCCGUACGGCCUCGGCGCCAAGCUGCAGCGCAUUCUAGACCGCGUCGGUGGCCUUGACACACUUGUCGCAUCGCCGCCGGCCUUUCUCUCGUUCAAAGACUCAUUCCACAAGGUGCCGAUGGAGGACUUGGACUUCAGUGGUAUGCGCGUCAACGACUGGCUUAGCACGCUCGCGUCUCGAACGAUCCCGCCCGGUGUGCCCGUCAAGCCAUCGGUGUGCCGUACGCUUCUUCUUCGAGAAUCCGAUGUGACGGAUGGCGGGUUGAAGCACAUUGGCAAGCUCAAAUUCAUCCAUACGCUCAGUGUCGCCAAAUGCGAGGCGCUCACGGACGCCAGUUUGACGCUAAUUCGACGGACGUUGGCGCAGCUCAGCGUGCUGCACAUUGACGAGUGCCGCAACUUUUCCAGCGACGUGCUCAUAGCGACGUGGACGGACUGCACGAAGCUGCACUCGCUCAGCGCCCAGGGCUGCCCCGCAGUGACAGAUCGCUUCCUUCACUGCGUCGCCACGACCAAGCGCCAGCCGGGCGCACUCACAAGGUACCUCGAUGUCUCCAAGUGCCGCAACGUCACGGACGCGGGCAUCACGGAUGUGGCCGACUGCAAACAUGAGAUGGAGUUGACGUAUUUUGCGUUUGGCCACUGCCUCCAAGUGCAGUCCAUGGCGUUCUUUGCGUUUGAGACCAGCAAGACCCUCGGCGUCCUCGAGACACUGGACAUUCCAAGCCUCGAUCUGGACGAAACGUCCGUGAGCUGGCUCGUCGGCGGGUGUCGCCGCCUCAAGAAACUCAACCUCGCGCACUGUCUCCAGAUCAACGACUUUUGCCUCUUGCUCUUGGCGCAGUGCACGCGGCUUCGCUGGUUGAGCUUGAACGGCUGCUCCCGUGUGACGUCCAAAGGGCUUACCAACCUCUUCUCCAAAGAGAACAGCGACACGCACGCGACACAGCGGCACGUGUCGCUGCUCGAGUACCUCAACGUGCGCAACUGCUACGAAAUCAACAACGACGGUCUGGGCGCGAUCGGCGGUGCGUGCACGGACCUCCAGCACCUCAACCUCCAAGGGCUCUCGCACGUCUCGGACGCUGGUAUCAUGACUGUCGCCAAGCUCUGCACCCAGCUGCGCCAUCUUGUGCUCUCGGGGUGCCGCAACGAGUUGUUCUACGGACGUCCUGACAUUGGCGACGAGACGCUCGCAAUCGUGAGCAAACUCUGCCGUCGUAUGACGAUUUUGGACGUCACGGGCGGUCCGCGCGUCACGACGCACGGCGUCAUGCUGGUGGCUGCCAACUGCCAUAACCUAUUGGAGCUCUACGUUGGGGACACGGUCAUUGAUGACGCCGCCGUGAUUGCGGUCGCCCGGCACUGCCGCGACCUCCACACAUUGAAUUUGUCCAAGUGUCCGCUGCUCACUGACAAGGCUGUCACUGCGAUUGCGUCCAGUCUCUUCCGACUGGAGCGCCUUACACUGUCUCAUUGUACGCACUUGACCAACCAGUCGCUCGUCGCGCUCGCGGGUUCCCGCAUGGAGCUCCGGUUCCUCGACUUGAACGGCAACGCCAACAUCACCGACGACGGCCUAAUCGCCCUCGUCACAGGCUGUGACAAGCUCCGUGACGUGCGUCUUCGAGGCUGCGAGCGUCUCACUAAAAGCUGCUUGCGACGGUGCACACUGGCACUGCCGUUUUGCGGAUCGCCGGAGCCGGCGUCGCCGGCCAAAGCUGGAGCCAAGUCGUCGGACUUUGAGAUGACGCCGGCUGCAACGACAUGGCUCGUUCUCUUUGAGAAGCUGCUCGCGCAGUACUGUGCGGUCGAGCUCCUCCAAGCCUGCGCACGAAAGUGGCAGCAGCGAGAUUUGACGCUUCUGUCCGUCACGAAGCGCAAGCGCCUUCGACAGCGGCGCGCCGCCAGCCGCAUUCAGCGAGCCUUCCGCGCGCACCUCAAGUGGGUGGUAUACCUGCGGUCAUUGCAGCGUGGAAGAAACCGAGCUAUCUUGUUGCAUGUGCAAGCGAUCUACCGCGGCAACGCGUGCCGGCGCCGAGUCCGCGCCUACAAGGCCGACGUGCUCCACCUCUCGCUUUGCGUGCAGCGAGCGGCCAAGCACCAUCUGCACCGGCGCCACGGCUGUGAGGCCAUUGCGCGCAACGUACGUCGCAUCCAGCGCACGUAUCGUCGCUACUACCGCAACGAGCGACUUCGCAGCAUGGUCCGACUCAUCUACGAGCGAAUCAUUAUGAUGCAAGCGGUCAUGCGCGGCGGCCUUGCGCGCCAAAGCGUGCGACAUCGGCGUGUGCUCUUCACAGCGAGCGCUGUCUGCAUCCAGAGCACCUAUCGCAUGCACCAGACGCGGAUCUGGUAUGUAUCGUACUGCAACCAGAUUGUGGCGGCGGCGGUUCGGGUGCAAACAUGGGCGCGCCAGCGCUUUGAGAUGCGUCAUUGGCAACACGCCAAGGCCGCAGUGCGCCGCGUCCAGAAACGCUUUCGCACCUACCGGGCGGUGCGCCGCUUCAACGCGAUCGCGGCCCUCCGUCUCGCGCGCAAAGGCGACCUGGCCGCGCGACUAAUCCAGCGGGUCUUUCGAGGCCACUGCGGCCGCCGCCGCGCGCGGCUCUUCCGCAAGAUCCAGCAUUGCACGUAUUCCGUCCAGGGACAGACCGCGGUCGAGCUUUUGUAUCGUCGGCGUUUUCUUCGGCGCGGCGCCGCACGUUUGCUUCAGCGCUGGGCGACCUCAACCAUGCAUCGCAUGCGCCUUACGCGGCUCGGCGCUUGGCGCGCACGCCAGGCGCGUCGCUGCAUUGGCCGGUACCUAAUCGCCUGGUUUGGUCGGGUUCAGUAUCAAAAGCGACGCGCGCUCAUGCUGGCGCUGACGCUCGACUUGCAGAGAGUCUACCGAGGCCAUCGUGGGCGUUGCGUCUACCGGGCGCGGCGGCUUGCGUACCGACGGCUGGUCGGUGCCAUCGAGAUGGAGCGCAUCACACGCGGCUUCCUCGCGCGGCGCUUCACGCAGCACAUGCGCAUCGCGUUCACAAAAGCCGCGCUACUUGUCCAGCGCGUCUAUCGCGGCAAGCUCGGCCGUCGCAUCGCCGCGAUCGAACGCGCCAAGCUCGUGCUCGAGGCCAAAGACGUCUACCUCAAGAGCGUGCGCGGCCAACUGGCAUCGCGCCUCUACUCGCUGCCAAUGAAGGAGCAAAAGUGCUUGAUGGAGCGACAAGUCGAGCUCCUCGAGCGCACCAAGCGCAUGCUCAUGCGACGCCGCGUCGGGUAUGAAAAGAAGAUGGAGCAGGUGCGCGCGAACCGCCGCGAGCUCUGGGCACUCGCCAACGAUGCUGUCGGCGAACACUACCACAACCACCGGAAAAUGGUCGGCGCGAGUGAAAAUGUUUACGUGACCAAGAUUGAACGCGACACCAACGCUGCUCGACGCGCGGCGCUCACGACCGAGCUCACGGAUAUUCACGUCAAGAUGAUGCGCUUCAAGAAGGCGCUACGCGACAAGAUCAACGAGACGCGGGUCAUGGAGCCGGCCGAGUUUUGGGAGGUGGCGACGGCCACUGGGGUCUUCGAUAUGCGCGUGCCCGACGGAGCGUCCUAGUGUACACACUCUUGUUGAUGUUGCACUUGAACCCCACUCUGCCUACUUCUACAAUUCGUCGAGUGCAACUUCAAAGAGCCAUGACACCACACGAGUAAAGUGCAAACUCGAGGAAUGACG